GCUCCUGAUCGGCUCUCCGGGUCUUCCCGGGGCCCAGGCUGGGGCUCAUAGGGAGAAAGGAAGCGGCGCUGCGGUCCGCUGGGCGAACCCUCCUCCGCGCGAGAAUUUUUUGAUGCCUUCUUAUUUGGAUAAAUCUCCAGCUGCUUUGGUGAUAGCCUAAGAAGACUGCAUGCUGCUUCCUCUUGAUGCCAAGCCAGGCCCUCUUGCAACCUCGGAUCUCAGUCCUUCAUGGAGACCAGGUCCCAGCAGGAAUGGCAGUGCAGGAAAUUGGCGCCCAGAUGGUUCUUCCAUGUGAAGUUGUCUCGGGCUCUGGGCUGACGAGAGAACACCUGGUAACCAGGUUAGCCCUCUGUCAGUCACCUAGAGCAGGGCAGCAUGGUGCGGAUUCAGAGGAGGAAGCUUUUGGCAUCUUGCCUGUGCAUCACAGCCACCGUCUUUCUGCUCGUCACACUCCAGGUCAUGGUUGAGCUGGGGAAGUUUGAGAGGAAGGAGUUUAAAAGCUCUAGUUUGCAAGAUGGACAUACAAAAAUGGAGGAAGCACCUACACACCUUAAUUCAUUUCUUAAGAAAGAAGGGUUAACUUUCCACAGGAAAAGAAAAUGGGAAUUGGACAACUACCCCAUUAUGCUCUGGUGGUCCCCGCUGACGGGGGAAACUGGGAGGUUAGGCCAAUGUGGAGCAGAUGCUUGUUUCUUCACCAUCAACCGGACCUACCUGCGUCAUCACAUGACCAAAGCAUUCCUCUUCUAUGGUACUGACUUUAACAUAGACAGCUUACCUCUGCCUCGGAAAGCCCAUCAUGACUGGGCUCUUUUUCACGAAGAGUCCCCAAAAAACAAUUAUAAGCUCUUUCAUAAACCGGUGAUCACCUUGUUCAACUACACUGCCACGUUCAGCAGGCAUUCCCACUUGCCACUAACUACCCAAUACUUGGAGAGCAUUGAAGUCCUGAAGUCACUCCGAUACCUAGUUCCUUUGCAGUCCAAAAACAAGCUUAGAAAAAGACUUGCUCCGCUGGUCUAUGUACAGUCAGACUGUGACCCACCAUCAGACAGGGACAGCUAUGUUCGCGAGCUCAUGGCUUACAUUGAGGUUGAUUCCUAUGGUGAAUGUAUACGCAACAAAGACCUCCCUCAGCAGCUGAAAAAUCCAGCCUCUAUGGAUGCUGAUGGCUUUUAUAGGAUCAUUGCACAGUAUAAGUUUAUCCUAGCUUUUGAGAAUGCAGUUUGUGAUGACUACAUCACUGAGAAGUUCUGGAGGCCACUGAAACUGGGGAUAGUUCCUGUAUAUUACGGAUCACCCAGCAUCACAGACUGGCUUCCAAGUAACAAAAGUGCUAUUCUUGUAUCAGAAUUUUCUCACCCCAGGGAACUGGCAAGUUACAUCAGACGACUGGAUUCUGAUGACAGAUUGUAUGAGGCCUAUAUAGAAUGGAAGCUGAAGGGUGAGAUCUCCAACCAGCGACUUCUGACGGCUCUCAGGGAACGGAAAUGGGGAGUGCAAGAUGUCAACCAGGACAAUUACAUCGAUGCAUUUGAGUGUAUGGUGUGCACCAAGGUGUGGGAUAAUAUCAGGCUUCAGGAAAAGGGCUUACCACCCAAAAGAUGGAAGGCAGAAGAUACCCACCUGAGUUGCCCAAAGCCCACGGUGUUUGCUUUCUCACCACUCCGGGCUCCACCUUUGAGAUCUUUGCGAGAGAUGUGGAUAUCCAGCUUUGAACAAUCCAAGAAAGAAGCCCAGGCACUAAGGUGGCUGGUUGAUAGGAAUCAAAACUUUUCAUCUCAAGAGUUUUGGGGCCUAGUAUUCAAGGACUGAUUUCAAAAACGAUCAGAAUGAAACAGACUAGAGCCUUCUUGAGGUUUAUUUUCUAGGUUGCCUUAAUAUUUGAACGUAAUAGCUAUUCUGUUGACUAUCCAGCAGGAUAAUAAUUAGUUGCUGCAGUACUCAUAAUGAGCCCUUUCAAAGAGUAGAUGUAAAUUACCCUUAGGGGUUGCCUCUGUAUUUUUUAUACUAAAAAAGGAAAUAUUUCUUAUGAACACUGGUUAUCUUCCAUGUCCAUGUCUGUGGACCCACAUACUUACUGCCUUUUGUGGAAAUUCACCUAAAGUGAGCACUUUCCUUGUGCAGUGGAGGGAGACAAUCUAGCUGUAGAUUCUUGAUACUCACCUCACUCUCUACAGCUUAUUGGUAUUUGGCAAAUCCAGUGUCCUGCAGCUGAGCAUGAACAUGAAAUACAUUAGAACUUGGAAAUGAGAGAUCCCAUCUGUUGGUUUCCAGGGAUGUAAGUGAGUAAUAAAAGCUGUUUCAAGUUUAUCCGCUAUCCACUCUUCAAGUGAAAAGAACAUAUCUGUGUCUACCUUCUUCUUCAUACCCUGAGCCACCUCUCUAACCUUCUUUAGUUAUGCCUUGCCCUAUCGCCUCCCAUUUUCCCUUCAAAGUAGAAUGUCUUGUAAAGACACAGUAACUCCUGUGUGUUUUGAUUAGUGAGAUGUUACCACUUAUCCCUUCUGCUGAGCAGAAUAAUAUCAAGAAUUGCUAUGAUUAUGAUUCAGUCUGGACAGCCUGGAGAUUUUGAGCAGCGCAAGAGUAGAAGUGAAUACCCCAGGAACUCCAACUGUGCUGAAGCUGAUUUGUCUGUUCGUAGGAUGAUGUGCAGCCUGUCAUGGUGGCAGCCACCAGCAUUCAGUUUGUAAGCAUUUCCUGUCAUUUCUGAUCCUGCCACAGAGAAGGUUGAGCUGUCCUGUCUGGGGCAUCUACUGGAGCACCUCAGAAGACGAGGAAAACACUGGUUCACAUUUUCUUUCCAUGUGAGGGAGGGGAGGCUUCUAGAUGAUACUAAAAGCCUGUUGCCACUGUUGUGUCAUGGUUUCCAUUCUUCAUCAUGGAAAGCCGCAAGCCUCAGAAGGCAGCCAGAGGACAGGAAGAGUCUGUGAUGCUCAUGUUUGUGUCAUGGCAUGAGGGGGAAUUGACAAGUGCCUCCUUAGCUUUGGCUCCUAUUGAAGGCUGUGCCCUUGGUGUGCUUGGCAGUGAGCAGUAUCUUCAUUAGGUAGCUCUGGCUGGGCUUUGUCAGCCAGCAUUGAGAAAGGAGAACCAAAACCAGUACCUCCUUACAGAAGCCAGAAGGAUCACAUUGGGUGAGAGAAGGUGUCUAUAACUGGGUUCUUCCUAAUCCCAGCUCUUUCAUUAACUAAAUAUGAUCUUGGACAUAUCUCUUAACCUCCAUGGGCCUUAGUUUUUACAUCUAAAAAGAAGUGAUUGGGCUGGCCUUGGAAGGUUUUUUGUUUUUGUUUUUUUUCCCCUGUGUAAUACUCUUAAUUGUUCAUCAACAUUUAAGAAAUUUAAUUUUGUAGAUUUUUUACUAAAGAGAGUAACAAACUAUUUCGGAACCGCUGUAUAUUAUUCAAGGGAAGCAUGCUGUUUGGAGGACGGAGCAUACUUAAUGGGUAGUAUUGAGGAUGAAAGGGAAUUUCUCUCUGCCAUUUUAUUUGAUAAUAUUAAAGAAAUGAAGACUGGAAAGAGGAUUGCUUGUUAAAGAUCAGAUUUUAAAUUGCAUAUAAAAUGAAGUGAGUUGUUUUUUGUUUUUGAACCCUCAAAAGAAAGCCUGAGAGGUGAUUUAUGCCUCUGGCAAGAUAUUAUCAUGAUGACUUCAGUUCUCCUCCAUAAAUGCCUUAAGCAAAUACCCAGUGCUUAUGCGGCUGCGUGUAUGUCUUAAACCUCAACUUUUCAGGCAGUCUCGUUCCAUCUUAGUUCUUCAUCAAGUCCAUAGAUAAAAUCCUCUCUAAGCGUUUCUGAAGUAUGUAUCCCUGAACAAAUUUAGUGAAAUAAAAUCAUUAAUCUAUGUUGA